UCCCUUCGCGCUUUCCGUAGCGAGAACGCGUUUCGCUGGUAGAGACGACCCAUGCCGCGUUGUUGACAGUAAUGCGAGCCUUCAGUUGGCGUGCUUAUUGUACCCGGUGACAGCCGACUACUCCACAAGCAUCACACACCAACAGACAUCCUUUCAAGAAUGGCGGACCACGGGGUGUCCGUUGCCAUGGAGGCGGUCCUCAAGGCCAGCGGCGACCUCCCGGAGGGCACGCCAAAGAUCAGAGGCUACGACUUCAACCAGGGGGUGGAUCUGCAGGCCCUGCUGGCGUCCUACAUCACCACCGGCUUCCAGGCCAGCAGCUUGGGUUUGGCCAUUCAGGAGAUUAACCUCAUGAUAGAAAAGCGUCUUGAGCCCGUGGACGAGGGUGAGGAUAAAGACUCUGAUGACCACCGCAGCAAGUCGGGCUGCACCAUCUUCUUGGGUUACACCUCAAACCUCAUUAGCUCUGGAGUCCGAGAGAGCAUCCGCUACCUGGUGGAGCACAAAAUGGUGGACGUUAUCGUGAGCACAGCUGGCGGCAUAGAGGAGGAUUUAAUCAAGUGUCUGGCUCACACGUACUUGGGAGAAUUCAGCCUCCCCGGCAAGGAUCUCCGCCAGAUGGGCAUCAACAGGAUAGGGAAUCUGUUGGUGCCCAAUGACAACUACUGUAAGUUUGAAGACUGGCUGAUGCCCAUCCUCGACCAGCUGCUGCUGGAGCAGAACACGCAGGGCACCCGUUGGACUCCCUCCAAAAUGAUCCAUCGGCUCGGCAAGGAGAUCAAUAAUACCGAAUCUGUCUGCUACUGGGCCUACAAGAAUAACAUUCCAGUGUUCAGUCCCGCCCUGACGGACGGCUCUCUGGGUGACAUGCUCUACUUCCACUCUUACAAGAGCCCCGGCCUGGUCGUGGACAUAGUGGAAGAUAUUCGCAGGAUUAACAGCCAGGCAGUGUUUGCCAAAAGGACGGGAAUGAUCAUCCUCGGAGGGGGGCUGAUCAAACACCACAUAUGCAACGCUAAUCUGAUGAGGAAUGGAGCGGACCACGCGGUUUUUGUGAACACCGGUCAGGAGUUUGAUGGCUCUGACUCUGGAGCCAGACCCGACGAGGCCGUGUCCUGGGGCAAGAUUAGAGCAGAAGCCAAACCUGUGAAGGUGUACGCAGAUGCCUCUUUAGUCUUCCCGCUGAUUGUGGCGCAGACCUUCGCUCUCCACGCCGACAAGCUGACCGCGGGACGGAAAACGGAUUAAAUGUUUACCCCGUGGGAUGCUCCACCGGAGACGACGGGCUUCGCUCCUCUCGCUCUUUCCCCUUUUGAACACAUAGUAAAAUAUAUAAGUUGAUCUUUUAAAAAUUUCUGGCGAAAAUCCGUGAUUAAGAUUUGGCCAAGUUGUGGCGGAGGGGGGAUUCCUGUCGUAAUGCUUUCCAUAACAAUAUUUAUUUUUAGAUAGUAGCAUGCUGUUGCAUGUGCCAAAGGGACUGUGUCAGGUUUAACUGAGUGUGUGUGUGUGUGUGUGUGAGUGUAUGUAAAAUAAAACAUUCUAGCAGUUUUAGCCUUGAUUUAUUUCAGAUGUGCAAACCAACACAGGAUGGAAGAGGUCUGUGUGACUCCAUCACAUCAUAACUUAAUAUUUUCUCCCAUUUACAAACCGUCUUUGUGCAGGAGGUCUGUGUGACAGAGGCUCAAGGGGUCCACCAUGUGACACUUAACCUCACAUGACUGUGCUUGUGUGUUGUGUAAAAGGACAUUGAAAGACUCAUCACAGCACACACGUGAUCAUCGAAUGACAUACAAUAGUUUGAGUAUCGGAUGAAGUUUGGAGUCGGUUGCAUUUGGAAGAUACAAAUUGCAGAAAUGUUGCUGGCGCCACUUUAUUAUAUACACUUUCUCAAUCAAUUGCAGUUUAAAACAAACUGUUCUGCCAUAUUUUCUACCUGUCAUAAAGAGUUCAGUAUUUGGUUAUCGGGGAAAUGCGAGAAUUUAACUACAUUUUUAUGAGCCCAUUAGUGACAUAAAAGACACCGAGUGCAUUCGACGAUUUUGUAAUGCGUAAAUGUUACAACCUGGCGCUCCCACCUCUUUCUGUACGCUCAGCUGCCGAGCCUUAGAAACACCGCCGUUUUUUAAACAAACAAUGCACAGCACUCUGUUACCAGACUUUUCUACGCCUCUCAUUCACGUGUACAUGUGGGGGCAGAGUUGCUCGGCCCUAAAUCCACAGAGGGCUUAAGCGCUGUCUGUCGAGACCUGGUGAGGCUUGUAAGAGCAUCAGAAGUGCGGCGUGUGCGGUUAGUGAUCGCUGGCUCGCUUGGUGGGACGUUCAGCUCCGUCCCCGUCUGCUUCCUUCAGCAGAAUUCAGAAUGCAUAAUGUAGCGCAGUGAUGAAGCCGUUUCCCAUCCAAUACAUCAGCCUGCUGUUGUGGGAGUAGAUAUUUCCUCUGGCUCAUCACUGCUCCCACAUCCUCUACACUCAGUCCCCGUCACUUUUUCAACCCUGUUAAAUUUGCAGGAUUUGCAAUGGAAAUGUGUCUGCGACGAAGCCGUUUAAAGUCUGCCUGUUUUUUUUAACCUUUUUUGGUGUUUUUUAUUUUGGAAAAGGAAAAUUGGAAUUGGAACUGGGAUAAGGUCAACUUUCCCAAAACCUCAACCCCAUGUGUCACACACACACACACACACACACACACACACACACACACACACACACACACACACGCAGGCUCGCACGCACAAUUUGGGCGUUCCUGUCUUGGUGCAAACUUUCCAUUCAGCCCGCCUGUCAUUUCCCGCUGGCGGGUGGCACUGUGUUGACCCAGGGCUCAACAGGUCUCUAUAAAAAGGCAACGACGUAUGGAUCCUCAGCCCUAUAGAAACGCAUGUUUGCCCUGUGUUAAAGACGAAGAUUAAAGAGAUACUGAGAGAGGGCGGAGAGGAGGGACAUUGUUUGCGGAUGAGCUGUAGUCACGCUAUGAUAAUGUUGUAUGGCGUCUCCACAGAGCAGACCGUGUCCCCCCCACCACCCCCCUUUUCCUCCUCUGCAGAACAAUCAGUACACUGUGUGAUGUGCAGGGCCACAGCAGUUAUAAUGGCAAUUAUGUCUUCUACUCGCCAGAUUGGCAGCUUGCUUUAUGGACAGAGAUAGGGAGGGAGGGUUUGAGUAAGAAGACAAAGAAGAAGACAGAGGGGGCGCUGACCUGCUGCACAGCUGCAGGGUGGAGAGGACGAGUGGAGGGACGAGAAAGGAAAUACACAGUGGAAAGAUUGUGUUCACAUUUGCAUGUCUAUCCAUUUAAGUGCGUGUUCCAAGGACUUCAUUUCACUUGAGCACUUGCGGGGACUUGGCUCCCUCACUUUUCAAAAUCCGGUCUUAUUUCAGCUUGUGUUUAUUGUUUCAGGAUGUGUUUUUUUGAGGGGGGGCGUUUUUGUCACUGAAAUCAUGUCCAGUCACCAUAUUCCAGAUUACAGAGGAGGAGACGGCCCUGAUAAAAAUAGUAGUUAUCUGAGUCUUUUUCAGCUGUUCCUCUGCACCUCAAUUUCUGUUCAUAAGUGUCAGAAAUUUGUGUGUGUAAAUAUCUGCAUUAUAUGUCAUGCCAUCGAAGGACCAAAAAAAAAAAGAGUGUCCACGACAUCGACUUUGUGCUGACAAGAAAAUAACCCUUGUCGCUCUGCAUAGCUCGGAUAGAUCCGUCAUAAUGAAAGUUGAAUUAAACCAUUGUGUGAUUAUAGCGAAUGAGCAAACAAAAGGGGGAUUUAAGACGCAGUCAGGUUUGCUGCGACUGUGUGCAGCCAAUAAAAGAAAACAUCCAGCUGAAGAAA